CUCAGAUUUUCAUCAUACACAAAACAAAUUCAGCUUCAAGUUAUGGCCACCACCACUACCUAUGCUUCUUCUUCUUCAUCACAUAGAUCAUUGGCCAUGGUGUUGGCUUUUGUCUCUGCAGUGGUGUUGUCUCCGUUGUAUGGGAAUUCAAGAAGUGACAGAAGGUACUAUGAAUCAAAAUGGAGCUCUGGUGGUUUUGUUCUGCCUAUGUUUCUUGCUGGUCUCAUAAUUGCCAUAAGAACAACCUCUUCUUCUGUGUCUUCAUCAUCAUCAACACCAAGAGCUUCCUUUCUACCUUCUCCUGAGCCUUCGUGGGUGUUCAGAGUUGGAAGCUCUUCCUGGGGUUUGGGGAUGAUUUUGGUUAUGCUCAUGCUUGUUCUUCACUGGCAAGCCUCAGUUCAAGAAUUCUUAUGGAGAUAGAAGCAUGAAAUCGUUAUAAUCUCUCGUUUUUUUUGUUUCAGAGUGUUGCAUUUUAUGUAUAUGUGUUAUAUUUUUAACGUAUGAAUAUCAGAAACUACUGAGAGUUAAUUAUG